AGGCGCUCAGGGUGCAGUAGUGAGAGUGUGCGCGUGAAUCGCAAACGGGAGGGCUGGGAGGUGAAUCCAGAUCAAGAUGACCACCGCAAUAUGAGAGGCAAGAUGGUGGAUCAGCAGCAAUUCUGUCUGCGGUGGAACAACCACGGGUCGACCCUGGUGGCCGUGUUUGAGAACCUUCUGGCCAGCGAGUCCUUAGUGGACGUCACCCUUUUUGCAGAGGGAAAGCUCUUCAAAGCCCACAAAGUAGUCUUAUCCGCGUGCUCGCCAUACUUCCAGACGCUGUUUGCUCAAACUAUAGAUAAGCACCCAAUUGUGAUAUUGAAGGAUGUCAAACAUGUCGAGCUCAAAGCCUUAUUGGACUACAUGUAUCGCGGAGAAGUCAACGUGUCACAGGACCAGCUUGGACCGUUGAUAAAGACUGCCGAGUCCCUGAAGAUCAAGGGCCUCGCAGACGGUAGCAAUAAGGCUGAGGGAGGGGACACCAGGGCCACGCACCCUGCCGGCCAUGAUGUCCCUAAGACCGAAAAUUCCCUCGAUAGCAAGUCUGGCCGCUCAAGCCUGGAUGCCUUCCCCACGCCUCCAGUCUCUGUCCCCUCAGUGUUGUCUACGGUGCUGACCAUGCCUCCAGCACUCAGUUUGGCUUCCUCAACUCUGGUUCCUCCUAUAAAAUUACCUAACUUAGCGACGACAACGGUAACGGACCCCACCCCCCGAGAAGACGGCGACUCGCCCCAUACAAAGCGGAGAAAGAGAAUGCGACGGAAGUCCGGAGAAGGCGGGGAUAGCGGAGACAGCGAUGGCAGGUCCUCAGGCUCACCAGGAGAUGGCAUCCAUCUACCACGUAUUCCAGCAACUAUAACGCCCAUUGCAGCUCUACAUUCUAACCGUGACCAGCACCAGCAGCACAAAGAACGUGAGAGAGACCUCGAAAGGGAGGAAAUGAAGGGAACGGAACGGGAGCGCGAACGGUCGUCGAGAGGAGACAGCCACAUUGAUAUCCCUCGGUCGUCCCCUGCCAGUCGUCCGGACUCCGACCCACGUUCGAGUAGCCCUAGUAAAGCCCUGUCACUCCUUGUACGACCAGACGAAAACAGCAGUGAUGCAAACCACCAGUCGGACGAUGAAUACGAAGAGAGGAACCAUGACCGUCCAAGCCAUGACCAGAUGCCUGAUACGCCCGGGCCUUCCACCUCACGCCUCUUGACCGACGACGCUCCACACACACCAAGUUAUAUGUGGCCGUACCCACCAGACACGUCAGCCAGCGAUGAUUCCUCUUUCCCUUCGCUAGAAAAUAAUCAAGAGGUAAUAGUCAACCUUAGUGGGUUCAGGGUGAUGGUGUUGUACUGCUCAGUUCUCAGGGCUCGGCAACUGCCAGCGUUUUGUCACCUGAGGACGUGUGUGUUAGACUUUCCUUACAAGCCCAAGGUGGUCAUUGUUUGUAUACUCCCCAAAGUCCCCAUGUUGUUGUUAUCUGCUCCGUCAGAACUUUGGUUGUCGUACGUUUUGGUUCUUACAAUAGUUGGUGUCAGGAACUUUGGNUCCCAGAGUUGCUGGAGUGACUCACUGAUGUCUGAGGUGCGGGAGAGCCACCUGGCAGGCAAGAUGGUGGAUCAGCAGCAAUUCUGUCUGCGGUGGAACAACCACGGGUCGACCCUGGUGGCCGUGUUUGAGAACCUUCUGGCCAGCGAGUCCUUAGUGGACGUCACCCUUUUUGCAGAGGGAAAGCUCUUCAAAGCCCACAAAGUAGUCUUAUCCGCGUGCUCGCCAUACUUCCAGACGCUGUUUGCUCAAACUAUAGAUAAGCACCCAAUUGUGAUAUUGAAGGAUGUCAAACAUGUCGAGCUCAAAGCCUUAUUGGACUACAUGUAUCGCGGAGAAGUCAACGUGUCACAGGACCAGCUUGGACCGUUGAUAAAGACUGCCGAGUCCCUGAAGAUCAAGGGCCUCGCAGACGGUAGCAAUAAGGCUGAGGGAGGGGACACCAGGGCCACGCACCCUGCCGGCCAUGAUGUCCCUAAGACCGAAAAUUCCCUCGAAAGCAAGUCUGGCCGCUCAAGCCUGGAUGCCUUCCCCACGCCUCCAGUCUCUGUCCCCUCAGUGUUGUCUACGGUGCUGACCAUGCCUCCAGCACUCAACGGCGACUCGCCCCAUACAAAGCGGAGAAAGAGAAUGCGACGGAAGUCCGGAGAAGGCGGGGAUAGCGGAGACAGCGAUGGCAGGUCCUCAGGCUCACCAGGAGAUGGCAUCCAUCUACCACGUAUUCCAGCAACUAUAACGCCCAUUGCAGCUCUACAUUCUAACCGUGACCAGCACCAGCAGCACAAAGAACGUGAGAGAGACCUCGAAAGGGAAAGGGAAUGGGAACGGGAACGGGAGCGCGAACGUGAACAGGAAAGAGAACGAGAACGAGAGCGAGAGAGGGAACGAGAAAGGGAACGAGAGCGAGAGAGGGACUCCCGAGAACCACUCAGAGUGAAUAGUCCUUCGCCCGAAAACCUGGUAGGGUCGUCGAGAGGAGACAGCCACAUUGAUAUCCCUCGGUCGUCCCCUGCCAGUCGUCCGGACUCCGACCCACGUUCGAGUAGCCCUAGUAAAGCCCUGUCACUCCUUGUACGACCAGACGAAAACAGCAGUGAUGCAAACCACCAGUCGGACGAUGAAUACGAAGAGAGGAACCAUGACCGUCCAAGCCAUGACCAGAUGCCUGAUACGCCCGGGCCUUCCACCUCACGCCUCUUGACCGACGACGCUCCACACACACCAAGUUAUAUGUGGCCGUACCCACCAGACACGUCAGCCAGCGAUGAUUCCUCUUUCCCUUCGCUAGAAAAUAAUCAAGGGAUAUGGAAAAACAAAUUUCUGGCCCCCUACCUAGGCUCUCCUUUGGCCCCCAUUCCCCCACGGUCCCACCCAGGUUUGGGCUCUCCUUUUCCUGGGUUAUAUGGCCCACCUCCCACCUCUCCCUGGGGGCGUCACUCCCCUCCUACCCCUACCCUGUCUGCUCCUCAACUGAUGCGUUCCAACGAGUGCUCUCGCUGUGGCCGCCUCUACAAGACGCGUAAGGGUUUGAAGCACCACAUCAAGAAUGAGUGCGGAGUGGAACCUCGGUUUCAGUGCAUCCACUGUGACUGGAAGUUCAAGCAGAAGGCUCACCUUCUAAGGCACGUGGCACGCAAACACACAGCAAGCUGAGAACGCCUGCAUGCACUUGUAAGGCCCACAAUAGUGGCAGGUAAUGUCAUAUCCAUAUUGUUUGGUGCUGGGCGGUGGAUGGCAGCAAGCUGGGCAUGGGAAGAUGACCUGAACACACGAGACGGUGCUUGACAUCACAAAUUGGAUAUAAGAAUGCUGGCCCAGCAGUGCUCAGGGGCCCCACAGUGUGGACCAUGAGGCACGUGUGUGCUUACCCAGGACCCAUGUGCCGUGCAUUCAUGGCCAUGUCUACUUACCUGUGGUGAUGGUGGUGGUGUUGGUUAGCAGAGUAACAGAGGUGACUCCAGUGUACAGCAGCAUCAGAUGGACUGUUGGACUGGAAACACCAAGAACACAGUUUGUGAUUAAGAAAAUAUUCUCAAGUGCUCUCAAUUCCAAGGACUUUUAUCCAGCAGUAAGAAACUGGACUGGGCAUGUGAUGGAAGGAAAAUAAUAACAUGCCUCACUCACAUUCCCAUAUUGGACACAAAUGUCUUAACCUUUUCAAAAUGUGUAAAGGCAGCUUCAACUACUUUUUCUUGGCUGGAAAAUUACUUUAAGAUACUUUAACAUUAGAACUGGUGAAAAUGUCAGGAAACCAGUGGUAACCCCAGUGAUCUAAUCAGCAUGUACGCUAAAAUAUCUCAUGUCUGCACUAAUAUUCACAGCAUGAAUAAAUAGGCUAUUAUGUGUGUGUGUGUUCAUUUUCAUUUGUAUGUUUCUCUCCCUCCCUUUAUCUGUCCAUCCCCUCCUCUCAUUUCUUUCCAGCUCUCAAUUCUCCUCUCUCUCUCAUAUGUCUCU